AUGCUCGCAAGAAGGCUCCCGCGACUUGCCCGCCCUCUCGCGCGCCUUACUUCCUCUGCACCAGCUUCUACCUCUAAACCAGCUCCCGCUCAUGAAGCCCCCUCGCCGGAGGCGGUAAUUCCCCAAUCACCAAACUACCCGUCGACAUGGUCUACCAGCCAGAGCCCCCGCCCCCAAGGCCAGUCCGGUCCUCGUUUCGAACAGACCAUCAUGGAGUUCCAGCCGAAUCCUCCCAGUGCUAUGGAGAUGAUUAGCCAGGAGCCCAUUCGCGUUGUUCACGGUCGUAAGGCCGUCUGCGACGGUGGAAUAGGUCCUCUUGGCCAUCCCAAGAUUUACAUCAACCUAGACAACCCGGGUCCCCAGCCCUGCGGCUACUGCGGUCUGCGCUUCCAGCAAGCACCGCAUGCCGGCCAUGAACACUGA